AUGGAACGCAGUACAGCUACGGAUACAAUUGCCACGGGAGAAAAAUCUAACUUAUCACACGAAGAGUUUGUGCAUCUCGAUCAGCUGACUGUAGAGGAAGAAGUAAUGGAAAGAAAGCUGGUGUUGCGCAUCGAUUUCCUUAUCAUGCCAUUGAUCAUUCUAGUUUACCUGAUGAACUAUAUCGAUCGGAAUAACUACGCUGCAGCGAAACUUCAAGGUCUUGUUGAGGAGCUCCAACUCACCGAUCAACAAUAUCAGACUGGACUGUCUAUUCUAUUCGUCGGCUACAUUCUUAUGCAAAUCCCAUCAAAUCUCCUCCUCAAUUAUAUGGGCCGGCCAUCGCUUUAUAUAGGAUUUUUUGUUUGCGCAUGGGGACUUGUGUCUGCAUGCACAAGUCAGGUCCAAAGCUAUGGAAGCCUCGUUGCGUGUCGAUUUCUCUUAGGACUCGUCGAGGCUCCUUUCUUCGCAGGUAUCUUGUUCUAUCUGUCUAAGUGGUACACUAGGAAAGAAUUGGCUCUUCGUAUGAGCAUUUUCUACUCGGGUUCGCUUCUUAGUGGCGCUUUUGGAAACCUGAUCGCCGCGGGCGUUCUAAGCGGACUAAAUGACAAACGUGGACUCGCUGCAUGGCGGUGGCUCUAUAUCAUCGAGGGCUCUAUCACCUGCAUGAUUGGCAUUGUUAUUAUAUUUGUUCUACCAGACUUCCCAGAUACAUGGCGACUUCUUUCGCCAGAGACUCAGGCGGUUGCUAUACGUCGCCUUGCGAUUGAAGCAGCUGCGGCCGAUAUCGAUGAAGAGGGCGGUGCAAGCCAACUGAAAGGACUCAAGAUGGCUAUGACUGAUAUCAAAACCUACGCACUAGCUCUCGCAUACAUGUCCAUCGCGGGCGGUGGAAGCUUCCAGUAUUUCUUCCCUACCCUGACUAGCACUUUGGGCUACAACAAUAUCAUCUCGUUGCUAUUAGUAGCGCCGCCAUACAUUUUUAUGGUAUUCUACAGUCUUAUGCAUAACUGGGUUUCAGAUAAAAUUGGUGUUCGAUUCUGGUUCUUCCUCUACCCGAUUCCGAUCACCAUUGUCGGAUUUGUCAUUUUUAUGACCUGUGACUCGUUUGGAGCACGGUAUUUUUCUUUCUUUUUGAUGAACUUUACAUUUGCUCAAAACGGUACUUUAUAUUCCUGGAUUGCCAACUCUCUUCCACGUCCUCCUGCCAAGCGCGCUGCUGCAUACGCCUUCAUCAACUCGAUUGGCAACUCGGCCAGCAUCUGGACCCCUUAUACAUAUUACAACUCUGAGAAACCCUACUACCGCGUUGCCCUCGGUGUUUGCAUUGCUUUACAGACUCUGGGUGGUCUAUCGGCUAUUUUUAUGUAUUUCAAAUUGAACACACUCAACAAACGCCAGGAGCGACUGGAGAAUGAGGAUGUGCAGUUGACGGAGAAGGAGCUACGCAGAUUACAGACUACUGCCGAUUUCGAGGGCAUUGAUAUUGCAGCGGCCCGUCGACUGCACAUGGGAUUCCGAUAUAUGGUAUAG